AUGGGUCGCACUAAGGAACAGGCAGCGGCUGACUUCAUGGCUUUUCAACACACCAUCCCUAGCUUGGAUAUUUUCCUCCGCUCCUCACUCUCAUACGGACAUAGGAAAGAGGUCUUUGACACAGAAGCAGAAGCUGCCCUUGCUGGUGCUCAAGCAGCAAUAGCAUACCCAACAGCUCAAUUUGCUACCAACCUAUGGAUCUAUCUCGACAACCUGGAAGUUGCCACGCGCCUCCUAUCCCCCUCUACAGGAUCCUCUCAAGAGGUCUUUGAAUCCUUUCGCACCCUUGCAGCUGCCUGGCCACUACGCGAAAGGCUUCCACACACCAAAAGUGGAUCAAUCCAAAUCCGAUGGGUCCCUAGACACACUAAAAUCCCUAAGAAUGAAGCAGCUGAUCUCGCUGCCAAGGAAGGAGCUGUCUCUAUCCCCCCCUCUCCAUACAAGUCCUCAUAUGCCUUGCUAAAGAGAUACGCCAAGACUCAAUCUCUUUCCGCUACUCAGACACGGUGGCAGACUGUAGCACCACAGACAUACUAA